AUGGCUGAGCAACACCCCGCGCCAGAUGUGCCCGCUGAGCCUUCUACCCACCCCAACGGCUACGAAGACGGAGUAGGAGACAUCACGGCUGGCGUGGAAGCACUACCGCAGACUGUAGCUGGAGCAGAAGCACACGAGCAGAGUAAUGGUACGGCAGAUGCACCGGCGCAAGGGGAUGCGCCUGUUGAGCCGGACACGCGACCAGCCGUAUUGAUCAUUGGAGGUUUGGGAUACAUCGGUCGCAACCUAGCAGACUACAUCCACAAGAACCAGCUCGCAUCAACGUUACGAUUAAUCGACAAGCAACUCCCACAACUCGCAGCUCUCGCACCAGAGCACGAGGAAGCAUGCUCAGAGAAGAACUUUGUCCAAGCCGAUGCAUCACGAGAACAAUCGCAACCACGAAUCUUCGACCUACCUCCGAAUGCCGACGGAUCGAUACGAGAGUUUGACUAUGUCUUUAACUGUGGUGGAGAGACACGUUUCUCGCAAGAGGAUGAGGUGUAUAAACUGCGAAGCUACCAAUUGAGCAUUGCAGUGGGGCAAGAGGCUGCGAAAAGGGGCGUGAAAGCAUUCGUGGAGUUGAGCACCGCGACAGUGUACAACUCGAAAAAGGACCCCGUGGACGAGAACGGCAAGACAAGCAAACCGCACACCAAGCAGGCAAAAUGGAAACUUGCAGCCGAGGAUGAGCUUGCAAAGAUUCCAGGCCUGAAGCUGAUCGUUCUACGCUUCCCGAACGUAUACGGACCAUACGCAGGACGAGGCUGGCUAGGGACGCAGCUCGCCCUUGCCCGCGUGUACCAAAGCCGCGAGCCUAAAGAGACGAUGAAAUGGCUCUGGUCCGGCGAACUACGAACCAACACCCUGCACAUCGAAGACGCCGCCCGCGCCUGCUGGCAAGCCGCAACCUGGCGCUCCCAAAACGACCGAAUCCCCGACUCCAAAGAACCCGACUCCAAAAUCGUCUUCAACGUCGUUGAUCACGGGAAGACGAAUCAAGGCUCCAUGGCCGGGAUCAUUAAGCAGGUUUUCAGCAUAGAGACGGGCUUCUACAACGCGCUCGUUAAUACUUUCGCGCGGCUGAAUUUGGAACAUGUGGUGGAUGAUGUGAAUGAUGAUACCCUGGAUGACUGGGCGGAUUUGCAGGAGGCGGCGGGGAUUAGUGAUAAGGGAGGGCCGCUGAGUCCGUUUAUGGAGAAGGAGAUUUUGAGGGAUGCAGACCUUAGUAUUGACGGCAGUCGGUUUGAGACAGUUGUCGGGUUCAGACCACAGCAUGAACGCAUUACGAAAGAGGAGGUUGAGAGGGUGAUUGAGAGUUAUAAGACAAUGGGCUGGUGGCCUUGA